ACGGCUCUUGCCCACUUGACUUGACCUCUUCCAGAUGGUCCCUCUCGUGCCUCUGACACUUAAAUCUAUGUACGGAGUACGUACUCCAUCUCGACCCGCUCUUAUUUCCCAAGCACCAAAACAGACUGGGAAACACGCGAAGAAGGAGAACAGAACAAGCAGAAUGGAACCUCCAACUCCACCCGGCAGUGUCAAGUACCUUAGUCACAGUGUUCACUGUUGUCUUGUUGCUUCCUGAAUCCUGUGUCUCGUGCAGUCUUGCAGCCCGUGAAGAAAGCAAGUUACUG